CACCUCUCCAUUAUGCUGCUGAGAAUGGUCAUAAGGAUAUCGCUGAAAAGCUAAUCAAAGGAGGAACCAAUUAAUUUUGAAGAUGAAAAUAAUAAGUUACCUCUCCAUUAUGCUGCUAUGAAGGGUCAUAAGGAUAUCAUUGAUAUGCUCCUCACGAACGGAGCCAAAGUUGAUGUUAAAGACUAUUCAGAUCAGACACCUCUCCAUUAUGCUGCUGAGAAUGGUCAUAAGGAUAUCAUUGAUAUGCUCAUCACGAAUGGAGCCAAAGUUGAUGUUAAAGACUAUUCAGAUCGGACACCUCUCCAUUAUGCUGCUGAGAAUGGUCACAGGGACGUCGUUGAAAAGCUUAUCAGCAAUGGAGCUAAAGUUGAUCCCAGAGACAGCCGUAUGCAGACACCUCUUCAUGUUGCUGCUGAGAAUGGUGAUGAUGAUGUCGUUGAAGAGCUCAUCAAGAGAGGAUCCGAUCUCACUGCUUUAGACGUAUCUGGGAAGACACCUCUUCAUCUAGCUGUUAUCAAUGUAAACGAUAAAGGUCAAUUGGAGACCGUUAAAAAGCUUAUCAAGAAAGGAGCCAAUGUUAAUUCGACGGACAGACUUAAGCGAAAUCCAUUUCACUAUGCUGCUAUGAAUGGCCUCAAGGAUAUCGUUGAAAUGCUCAUCACAAAUGGAGUCAAUCUCAAUGAUAAAGACUUUAAUGGGAGGACAGCUCUUGAUUUAUCUAUUCGCUAUGGUAAGGAUGAUGUUGCUGAAGAACUCAUUAAGAGAGGAUCCGAUCUUAAUUCUAAAAACAAGAGUCAAGAGACACCUUUGCAUUUAGCUGCUGCGCUGGGCAACUUAAAGAUCGUUCAACUUCUUGUCGAGAAGGGCGCCAGUGUUACUGCAACAAACAAAUUCAAGCAGACACCGUAUGAGGUAGCUGCUAAGUAUGGUGAUGAAGAGCACAAGAAGGUUGCUGCCUAUCUUAAAACCAAACCUUAACCAUUGCUGCUGUUAACAUUGUGUCAAAAAGUACCACAAGUUAUUUGUCUUUGAAAUUGCUUACAGGUAUAGAUAUUGAGUAGAAUAUUUUUCUUCCUGGAUUUGUGCAACUUCAACGAAUAUCCGUGCUGAAUUUGAACGCGAUAUAUGUGAGUGCUACGCCGUAAGAAACCAACGGCGAUGUUAGUUUUUGUGCUUAAAUCAAAUGAAAAUUUCACACUCCGUUGAAUCAAUGCAGUUUCAAAUUGAAUGUUUGUUAAGGUUGUGCCAAUUCAGAGAAAGAAUACUUUACCCGAAACCUAAGCCACAAGCAAUUUGCAUGAAAAUGCCAAGUACUUUUCGUUGACAGAAUGUAAAUAAAUCAAACACAGUAAAUCAUAAAAAUAAAUCAAAAUUUCGAUCAGUUCUGAAGUGACUCUUGUUCACUUUCAAGGGAAACCAAUUGUAAUAAAUAAAAAUAUUUCAUUGUU